AUGUGCUGGUCAGAUACGACGACAGAAAAGGGUGAAAAUUGUGAGGAAAAACUGGAGAAAAAAGAAGACUUAUUUGAGAAAACCGACGGUUCACUUCCUCAAGAAGAAGUUCAAUUCCAUUCUACCACUGCCUUAAAAAAGAAAUUAAAGUUGGAAGCUGAUUUUGAUAUACUUAUUGAAAAAACUCGACCUGUGCAGUCUCACAACAGCGACAAAAACACAAUAGAGAAUGUUGAAAAAAAAUGCGAGCAAGCGCAGGAAAGGGAAGAACGCGCAGAAAUACCUUCUAAAAAACUUAAUAAGAAAAUCUCAGGAAUUCUCCAACAGAAUGAAAAAGAAGAAUUAAGGAAUGAAACGAAACAAGGACUUGCUGAAGAUUAUACCUUUCAUGAAAUAAAUAUCCAUGGAAAGCUGCUUGUUGAAACAAAUCUUGAUCAUGAGAAACUCGUGGUUUCUUCGCCUGCAACUUAUAGUAAAGCGGAUCAAAAUUCGAAAGUGUCGCAGUCUGCGUUCCUUGAAUGCACAGAAUCAGAUGAUACAGAAGCAAAUUUAGAUGUCGAAUCGUCGGUUAAAGAUAAAAACCCACAGUUGGGCUUCACCGUGUUCAAAGAGUUGACCGCUGUCGUUAACGAAUCGAUUAAGUUGUGUGGACAACCAAAACCAAUUUCUUAUCAGGAUGAUAGUGUUGAAUCUUCGAAUGCAGGUAUACAGCAAAAAAAACAGGAUUACAAUAACCUGAUGUUAGAAGUUGCCAAAGAAGAGAAGAAUCAUUUCUGUAAACAGGAGGAAGAAAUAAUUGUGGAAUUACGUAGAGUUGAAACCGAAUUCUUAUCAAACAAUAAUGAGAACCAGAUUAAUGAGGCAAUCAGUUGUCAUUUACCCGAAAUAGAAACGCGCGUCAAACAGUUGCGAAAUUCUGUAGAACGUGCUUUGAACACGGGUACGCGAGAGGAAAUUGCGGUCAAACUAGACAAUUUAGAUGAAAGCAUAAACAGAUUGUGGGAUAGAGCUUUGAAACAGCUUUCGAAAAUCCGAGAACAACAGCAAAUUCAACAUAAUGUUGAAAUAAAUGAGUAUCUUCAGAGCUUUACUGAGAUUGCAACUGCUGACAAUGCUGAGCAUGGCGGGUGCGAAGAAGCCAUAGAAAAUGCAUUCAAGAAAAUCGACAAUGAACUUCAUAAUUCUUAUACUACGCUCAGAGAGACAGACAACAUUCUUUCUCUAGCAGAUAUUCCCGUAUUGGAAAAAGCUUUGCAUGAUUUAGAGGAAAGAGAAUCUACACUUUCUGAAGCUUUUAACGAUUUGCACAAAAUUGAAUACUCAGAGUAUGAAGAAGAUAAGUCACAUGAAAUCAGUGAAAAGAAAAGACGCGUGAAAAAUCAUGUAGAAUUAAUAAAAGAGAGAUGUGGAGUUAUUACUUCGCAAAUUCAAGCAAUUAUUUCUUGGGGUGAGGAGAAAAAAGCGCUGAAAGUUGAAAUAAAGCGAAUACAGGAAGAAUUCAAUAUACUUGCCAAAAAUUGUAGCGAAUCAGAUGAGUUGGGCACCCCAAAUAAAAAAAGAGCUAACAAGUUGUUGUCCCAAUUAUCAGCAGCUCAGGAGCAGCUCAAAAGAGAUUCUGAAGAAAUAAAUUCUUUAGCACCUAAAUGCACAGCACUGCUUCAUCAGGUAGAAAAGUUGCAGAACAAAUUUUCUAAUUUAAUCGCAAAGUAUACCCAGAUGACGGCAGAACAGGAUUUGCAACAGAACAGAACACAGACGCUCAUUUCUCGCACAAGAAUUUCUGAUAAAUCGUUUACAAGGACUGAUGAAGUAAUUGGUAGUGGAUCAGAGGGGAAGGUGUAUCUGGGCGAGUACGAAGGAAGAAAGAUUGCAGUAAAAGUACUAAAUCGCAGUAAAAGUACUAAAAAACCGGACAUGGAAAUGGUCAAAAAACUGCUUUGUCUAAACCAUCCAAAUUUGGUCCAUUAUUUGUGA